AUGGCGGCGACGGGCGGUGGUGGGAGUCGUGCUGGCUCGGACUCGCCGGGUGGUCAGGUGGUAACGUUGCAGCGGCGGGCCGAGCGAUGGCUCCUCACAGAGAGCAUCACACUGGGAGGCGAGCAGCGGCGGCGGCGGCGAUUGGCAACAUGUGCACUGGGUGUGGUCGGGGGUGACAUCAUGCCGAGUGGCCGGUUGAAAACGCUGAAAUUCUUCCUGAAGUUUUUCCUCAAGUGCAAUCAGAACUGUUUGAAAAAUGCAGGAAACCCUCGAGACAUGCGGAGGUUCCAGGUGGUCGUCUCCACUACGGUCAACGUGGACGGUCACGUGUUGGCGGUGUCAGACAACAUGUUCGUCCACAACAACUCCAAACAUGGCCGCCGCGCCCGGCGCCUGGAUCCCUCCGAAGCCACUCCCUGCAUUAAAGCCAUCAGCCCGAGCGAGGGCUGGACGACCGGCGGCGCCACCGUCAUCCUCAUCGGGGACAACUUCUUCGACGGGCUGCAGGUCGUCUUCGGCACCAUGCUGGUCUGGAGCGAGCUGAUCACUCCACACGCCAUCCGGGUCCAGACGCCUCCUCGCCACAUUCCCGGAGUUGUAGAAGUCACGCUGUCCUACAAGUCCAAGCAGUUCUGCAAAGGAGCGCCGGGUCGCUUCGUCUACACCGCCUCAGACGAGGUGCAGCUGGAGGUGAAGCGACGAGCGCUUAACGCGGCUUCUGGUUCUGAUCCUCGCGGCUUCGCUCUGAGAAACUGGCCGAAGGCGAGAAGCGCCGAGCAGAAUGACAAGAAGCCUGAGAGGAGAAUUAAUGCUGCAGCUGAGACU